AUGCAAUACAGCCUCCGGCUUCGAAGGUUCAACAACAAAAUCUUCGGAUUCCGGGAAGGUGUCAGUACGGAGGGAGAGACUAAAGCUGAAUAUGAGUUUGGAAGGAUUGGGGAAAUACCCAUGAGUGAAAGACAGGCGACAUUUGCGCAGGUCGGGGCGCCGGCGGUAGGUGGAGAGGGGCGACCCGUUGCUGCCGCUCUUCAAUCAAACGUCCGGCCACUUGUCUUGUCCUCGAAUGUGAGGCUCUACAGCGACGAAAACACGAAAAUUCAAGGCAUACAAGACGAUGCUUUGAAUAUGUCCUUCAUCACUGAUCCAACCGGCCUAACUCCGUACCACGACAUCAACCCAACAUUAUUGUCAGCGCAAUCUGAGCCUCACGGUAUGGAAGAAGAUGCAGCACCAUACAUCAACGCAAAUCUCGAGUAUCCUGCUAGAGAGGCAAUCACAGCGCAAGCCAUCACCCAAUACGAGCCAUUCGAUGCAUUCACGCCUCUCCUCCCAACCUCAGCAGUAAUGGUACAUCAUCCAUCACCUACACCGCUUCCCGCAACAGAGGAUAUUACAAUCCCCAUGUCCGACGCUCCUCUCGACCCAUCCUUUUUCCAAGACACUCUCGGCGACCCUACCGAUUAG